AUGGCGGGGACAGUGAGCUCUGCCCCCUGCCAGGCCUCAGGGCACAGUGGAUGUGGGAGGACGGUGCGAGCAUGGCAGGACCGGGGGUCCCUCUACCCCAGCGCCCGGAGGUCUCGCAGACAGACCCUCCCCGGCUGGGGGGCACCCACCACCCUGCUGCCCUCUGUUCCCCAAAGGAGUCCUGGAGAGGAGCGGGAGGGCCCCGUGGAGGGCAGGGAGACGCGUCUGAGAGUGGUGCUAAGGGUCCGGCCACUGACCUGCACGGAGACGCGGCGAGGUGACCAGCAGGUUGUGCACAGCCUCGGUGACGGCGCCGUCCACGUAAGCGCUGCCAGGCACGAUGCCACCUUUGGCUUCAGCGCCGUGUUCGACGCCGGCGCCUCGCAGGAGUCUGUGUUCGAAGGCAGCGGGAUGAGGCAGCUGGUGGAGCUGGCCAUAGACGGCUUCUCCUGCACCGUCUUUGCCUUCGGGCAGACCGGCUCGGGGAAGACCUACACCCUGAUGGGACCCCUCGCCCAGAGCAGCACCCACCCGGCGUCCCCGGCCCUGCUGGGGCUGAUGCAGAGAUCCUUCACCUGCCUCCUGGAGCAGAGCCGGAGCCGCGGCUCUGACCUGGCUCUCAGCGCUUCCUACCUGGAGAUCUACAACGAACAGAUCCGCGACCUGCUGAGCCCGGGGCCAGCGUGCGCCCUGCCCCUGCGCUGGAGCAAAACCCGCGGCUUCUACGUGGAGAACCAGCUCAGUGUGGAGUUCGAGAGCCUGGAGGCCAUCGUCAGCCUGCUCCUGCAAGGGUCCCAGAGGCGCAGGACCUCGGCACAUGCCCUCAACAGGCACUCGAGCCGCAGCCACGCCCUUCUGACCAUCCACGUCCGCAGCCGAGCCGCCGGCGCCUGCCCUGGCAAGCAGGGCACGCUGUGCUUCGUGGACCUGGCUGGCAGCGAGCGGGUGAAGGAGACCGGCUCCAGCGGGGAGCUCUCUGUGGAGGCUAACAGCAUCAACCGCAGCCUCCUGGCGCUGGGACACUGCAUCUCCCUGCUGGCCAAACCCCGAGGGAGGCGAACGCACAUCCCCUACCGGGACAGUAAGCUCACCCGGCUGCUGGCUCGCUCCCUGGGCGGCUCGGGCGUCACCCUGAUGGUCGCCUGCAUCUCCCCGUCCUCGCGCUGCCUCUCGGAGACUCUGAGCACGCUGCACUACGCCAGCCGCGCCCGGAGGGUCACCACCAGACCCCUGGCCAACAGGGUGUCCCGGGAGAAGCUGCUGCAAACCUUGGAGCAAGAAAUCCAUGCCCUGCAGCUGGAAAACCUCUCCCUGCGCCAGCAGCUGUGCUUGCCCAGAGUGCCAGUGAGGGGCACGGAGGUGGCAGGGAACCCUCCAAAAGCAUGGGCGGGCUCGGGAGACGGGCACGGCCCUGCAGGACAGCUCCCACCAGAGGGAACCCCAGCCUGGCCCAGCCUCUACGGUCUCCUGCGGGACUUCGUGGUGGAGAACGAGCAGAUGAGGCAGCGCCGUCUGCCCCCAGACCUCAGUGGUCACAUCGCCGCCGGCCCAUCCCACAGAGCCACCCGCAGCUGCUGUGACAGCCAGCCCCUGCUCCGGAGUGCCCGCAGCCUCCGCGUCCCGCACAGCCACCGGCGGCCCGACACCACACCCAGCUCUGUCCCCCGGCUGCCGAAGCUCCCUCCCGCCUCCGGCCGCCCCAGCUGCCCAGGGUGCCCGCAGUGCUGCCCUGGGCCAGCUGAUGCCACCACCUUCCAGGUACAGCCCCAGGGCCACCUUGACCGCUCUGCUCACCCCCAGGUGCUGCCAGUGCCCCCCGAGGGGAGCGCUGGCCUUCUGCCACCCGGACAGGAGGACACGGCUGUGCCUGGCUCCCAACAGCCGCACGGGCACCCCCAGCCCCAGCAGAGGAAGCGGAGCCGUGGCAGGAGCAGGAGCUUGUCUCAGCAGCACCUGCUGCACCGGGAGCUGCCGGGCCCUGAGCGCGUUCCCAGCCCCGAGGGAAGGGUCGUCCCUUCAGCACCGCCGUGGCCAGGAUUGCCAGAGCCCAGAGCUGCUGGCACCGUCCCUCUCCUCCAGUGGGAAGAGGCACUGGACUGGCUGGCAGAGCAGAUCUGAGCUGCCACAGGCACACAGGAUGGAGCCAGCACCAGGGAUCCGGCACAGACUGAGGGGACAACCACAGCCCUCGGGGACAUGGGCUCCUGGACAGCAAGGACUGCGCAAAGCGUGGCACAGACGGUUGGAUGGAUGGACAGACAGAGCUCUCCAGCCUGCGUGGCUCUCACGGUUUAUUUCCGUCUAGCUGGAGCUGUGCUGCUGGUGGCUCCAGGGAUCCCAUCAGGUGCUCUCCUCAGCGGGCUGGGGGCAGUCCAGCCAGUACUGGGCGAUGGAGCGGGGGUAGCGCGGCCGCGCCAGGUCCACGCGCUUGCUGCGCAGGUUGACGCGGUAGUACUUGUCUGGGGGAAGGGGACACGGCCGUCAGGGCUGUCCCCAGCUCUGGGGAGCUGCCAGCCCUCACUGCCAGCGCCUUCCCACUGCAUCCCGGAGCCUGAGACACUGCAGAGAGAGAGGAGCCCUCCCCGUGCCCCAGCAGCCCCGAUCCCACAUCGUUCCCGGAUCCUGCCAGGCCGGACUCACCUCCGACAAAGAAGUAAACGCUCUGGAGCAUCUCGCAGGUGGAGCCCGACAGCCCAUCGCUUUCAACGCCUGCUGAGUCGGGGUCGUUUUGCAGCCAGCUCCAGAAUCCCAAAUUCAGGGAGCGGUGGUGGUUGUACCUCUUGCGCUGGCGGCGAGAUUUCCUCCUCCGGGGCUGUUGGGAGGCCACGUAGAUCCGGCCGGCCAUGGCAGCGUCCAGCCGGCUGGGCACCCCCCGCCAGUCCCGGCUGAUGUACCACGGGCCGUUCGCCCCGGCUGCAGAGGGAGCAGAGGGUGAGUGAGAGGGGGUGAGCUGAGCCCAACCCCACAGACAGCGCCCAGCACCUGCUCCGAGACCCACAGGUGUGCUCCAAAGGAUGCCAGCCUGGAUGGGAUGUGUGACAGUGACACCGCCACCCCCUAGGCUGGGAUCAGCCUUGUGCUGCUGAGCCCCCUUUCCUCCUCUCUAUCUUUCAUUCCCCCCGCCCAGGGCUGAGGUUUUCCUGUGGCAUCUCCAGCUCCAGUGAUAAUAAACA